AUGUCCAGCUUUUACGAAUCAGAUGCACAAAACGUCAGUCGAGCUGGAACCCCAAGAGCACGACCGCUGGGCCUGCCUAGUGAGAGCAUUGCACCGCUGAGCGACGAUGAAGGGCUGGCAGACGAUCAAAUACCCAAUGGCAAAGCUCGGCCACGGCGAAAAGACCGAACAGUACCGAAGAUCGAGGAUACAAUUGGUCAAUACGUGCAAAUAAACUUUGAGGAAUUCCUCGAGACAUUCGUAGAAGACACCUCAUCUUCGAGCAUACCAUCUUCUAGUGUGGUUACGACAGAUAAAUAUUACAUUGCCCAAAUUCAUGGACUAAAGACCUACAGUCUAUCUACUCUCUAUGUUGAUUACACCCAUAUCUUGGAAUACAGAGGUGGUGCCCUUGCUGAGGGUAUCGUCGAAGAGUAUUACCGAUUUCUUCCCUUUCUAACCAAGGGCCUCCACAACCUGAUAGCCAAAUAUGAGCCGAGAUACUUUCGUGAACACCGGCAACCUAUGUCAUCAAGUAACCAAACAUCCUCAGCAGCUAGUAGAUCGGAAUCAACCGAGCAAUCCGACCUACAGGGAAACCUGACAACAAAUCAGCAAACAGAUAAGCUCUUUGCCUUAGCCUUCUACAAUCUACCACUUGUCUCUCGAGUCAGACAUUUGAGAACUGCAAACAUUGGACAACUCCUCUCCAUAUCUGGAACAGUCACUAGAACUUCAGAAGUGAGACCUGAGCUCUCACUUGCAACCUUCACAUGCGAAGCAUGCAGGAAUAUUGUUCCCAACGUCGAACAAACUUUCAGAUAUACCGAGCCGACACAAUGCCCGAAUGAGUCAUGUGGAAACCGACAAGGCUGGCGACUUGAUAUCAGACAAAGUACUUUUGUAGACUGGCAAAAAGUUCGCGUCCAAGAAAAUAGCUCAGAAAUACCAACGGGUAGCAUGCCCCGAACUAUAGAUGUCAUAUUUAGAGGGGAAAUUGUGGACCGAGCAAAGGCUGGAGAGAAAUGCAUAUUUACAGGGACUUUAAUUGUUGUUCCUGAUGUCAGUCAACUUGGACUUCCUGGUGUACGGCCAACAGCUAUCCGAGAUAAUCAAAACAGAACUGGAGAUGCCAACGGUGUGAGCGGCCUUAAAUCACUUGGUGUUCGGGACUUAACUUACAAACUUGCAUUUUUGGCUUGCAUGGUCACUCCCGAUACUUCUACUACCGGGUCUUCAUCUAGCCAGAACCUUAGCGGUCAGUCAGCUAGAAUUCUGGCGUCUCUUAACCAAAAUAUCCCAAACAAUGAAAUUGAUGACGGAGACAUGGCACAGGAGGCUGUACUUGCUUCCAUGUCUCACCCCGAAAUUGAAGACCUUCGUAAAAUGGUUCACAGUGAUCAUAUCUAUUCACGGCUCGUAAAUUCGCUGGCACCCAUGGUGUACGGACAUGAAAUUGUGAAAAAAGGUCUCUUACUGCAACUAAUGGGUGGCUUGAGCAAGACAACAGCUGAAGGAAUGGCUCUAAGAGGAGACAUUAACAUCUGUAUUGUUGGCGAUCCCUCAACCUCCAAAUCUCAGUUUCUUAAAUACAUUUGUUCUUUCUCUCCACGUGCUGUAUAUACAUCUGGAAAGGCAUCCUCUGCUGCUGGUCUAACGGCUGCAGUGGUCAAAGAUGAGGAGACAGGUGAGUUUACUAUCGAAGCAGGUGCUCUGAUGCUAGCGGAUAACGGGAUCUGUGCUAUCGAUGAAUUUGACAAGAUGGACAUAAGUGAUCAGGUUGCUAUUCAUGAAGCAAUGGAGCAACAGACAAUUUCCAUUGCCAAAGCAGGAAUCCAGGCAACAUUGAAUGCCCGAACAUCAAUUUUAGCCGCUGCAAAUCCAGUUGGUGGUCGUUACAAUAGGAAGACAACUCUACGGGCGAACAUAAACAUGUCCGCUCCAAUAAUGUCACGAUUUGAUCUAUUUUUUAUUAUACUCGAUGAGUGCAACGAGUCAGUUGACAGGAAUCUUGCCGAGCACAUAGUAGGUAUUCAUCAACUCCGUGAUGAGGCUAUUCUACCAGAAUUUACUACGGAGCAACUCCAGCGCUACAUUCGUUUCGCUCAGACCUUCAAACCUGAGUUUACUCCCGAAGCUCAAGACCUAUUAGUAAAGAAGUACUUGGAGCUCCGGAGUGAUGAUGCUCAAGGAGGAAUUGGACGCAACAGUUACCGAAUAACUGUACGCCAGCUCGAAUCUAUGAUUCGUCUAUCGGAAGCGAUUGCCAAGGCAAAUUGCGUGGAAGAGAUCACUCCCAAUAUGGUCGUAGAGGCAUUUAAUCUUCUAAGACAAAGUAUCAUUUCCGUUGAAAAAGACGAUGUGGAAGUUGAUGAGGAUGAGGAGGCCCCAGAUCUAGAGGGAAUGAACAUCGAUGAUCUAGAUAACCCUGAAGAUCGCAAGGUGGCUAACCAUCGUAGCAAUACUGUAGGCCCCGAACAAUCUGGAGCUAAUCUAGCAUCAAAAUCAUCCUCCACUAGGGUAGAAAACGCGAAAACAAAGGUUACUUAUGAUAAAUAUAUAAGUGUAGUUAACCUACUUGUUCAAAAGAUUAAUGAAGAAGAAAUGAAUAGUGGUGAAGGUGUGGAAGGUGAUAAAUUGAUUGAGUGGUUCCUUGAACAAAAAGAGAAUGAGCUAGCUGGCGAAGAUGAUUAUCACGCUGAGAUGUCUUUGACCAAGAAAAUUAUGAAGCGGAUGGUCAAGGUUUUUAUCCCCUCUUUUCCAGCCAAAUUUUUUACUAACGACUCAUGUAGGAAAACAUUCUCAUGGCCAUUCGAGGACAAGGUCUUACCAACGAAAGUGGGCAGGCUGGGUCCAAUGCAGGAGACUCAGUUGUCUACGUACUUCAUCCCAACUAUGCCGUUAGUGAUCUUUGAGCUGGAAGAGAAAAUUUGCCAGCGGCCACCCGCUUUAAAUUCCGUCUACCCUCAAAAUUUAGAACCCAACAAAUAA